AUGUCAAAUAUAUGUCCGCGUUUGAUAGACUAUUUUGUACUGGUUGGUUCGCGAUCCCCUGGGAACGCAAACUCAGUGCAGUCCCCUGAGAUUCUUUGUCGAUUUCCUCCUACGAACCACAAGGAUUUCCCGCUUCCUACAGAUGUGUCUUUCUUUUGUCAACCAGAAGGAUGUAUUAAUGCUUCCAGCAACACAUUCCCUAUAAAAUCUUUGGAUAAUAACCGUGAUGGGAUAAAAUCAAUGACAUUUUUAUUUUCGUUAACUGAUAAGGAUUCCAGUAAAACACGGUACGGUAUUUGCACCAACUUCUUUAGACCAGUGAACGUUAAAAGUGUGAGUAGAACUACAUAUUCAAAUGUCAGGGAAGACACACACUUUGAUGAUGUAUCCGUUAAUGGACCAGUUCUAUGUUGGGAUGAACUUAACAAUUUAAAUGAAAGUACCCAAGAAAAAUCCUUAUCAUCUGGGAAACUAAAGAAUGCAAAUAGUGUCUAUAACUUAACAUCAAUCUGUUUAAUCACUCAUUAUCCUUUUGCUACAACGUUUGCACGGCUUGUGCAAUGUGUAUAUGCAGUUCUCAAGAAGCUACACAAGUUGUCAAAACCCAGCUGUGUGGAAAGUCCAGAUAUAUGGGAUGUAUUAACAAGUAAUACUACACUAUCAUGCUCCAUUCCUGUUGUGGAAAGCACACGCCAGUUCCAACUUUGGAUUCUCCGGCUUCUAAGUGCACCUGCACCAAUUCCUGGCUGUACAUGUGUAUAUCUUUCAGUUCAACCGCAAACCUUAGGUUCACCUUUGUGUUUUGCUCUUCCUGAUCAAUCACGUCUUCCUUUGAUUGAUUUUCCUGUGAAUUUGCCUUUUGAAAUUAUGGGUAUCAGGAAAACGUUUCGUUUAAUUAUGUGUCUUCUAUUGGAACAAAAAGUGGUUUUACAAUCAUCUGAUUAUAACAAAUUAUCUUUAACAAUUUUAUCAUUGGUUGCAUUACUCUAUCCACUUCAAUACAUGUUUCCAGUUAUUCCCCUAUUACCUGCAUGUAUGCCUGAUGCAGAACAGCUUUUAUUAGCGCCUACACCUUAUUUAAUUGGUGUUCCUACAACGUUUUAUACUGCACGGAAAAUUUUUCGUAUGCCUAAAGAUGUUUGGUUGGCUGAUUUAGAUACUGGUGAACUAUCUUAUCCUAUGGUGGUUGAUGAAAUACCAGAAUUGCCUGAAAUAGAAAGUAACAUUCUAAUUAGCCAUUUAAGAAAAUUACUUCACGAAUUUUCAAAUUCACCUCAUAUUGAUUUGGAUUUAGAGGACUCUUCGAAACAUUGGUCUGUUUCUGUAGCACGUGCAACUGCAUUAGAGCUAUCGAAAUUUGAUCCUUUAUUGUAUACACUUACAAAAGAUUCUGUUGAUGUCGGUAUACGUGUAUCUAUGAUUCUCUUCUUCAAUACAAAUAACAUUCUAGGUGGAUUUACUAAUCAUAUACGUACUUUACGAUUGUUUCCUCGACCAGUUGUUGCAUUUCAGUAUGAAAGUUUUAUGAAGUCUCGUCCAAAGCCAUGUUUGUUUACUAGCAUGCUUGCGAAAACUCAGGCUGUAGAAUAUUUUGCUGAAUCUUCAAUAUGUGCACUGAAUGAAGCUUAUCAACGUAUCUGUUCAGGAGUUUAUUCCACAGAAUUGAUUGGUGAUAAAUUAUACUGGUAUAAAAAUCAAUUACAACCAGUUGAUUUUGAUUGUUGGGACAAAUUAAUCGAUUAUACGAAUGCUACACCUACUAAUACAUCCAAAACAAAUCAAUCAUCUCCCAAGUUAUCUUCAUCAAAUUCUAACCUGUCAAUGUUAUUUCAAGCUUUUGAAUUAGCAAAAUCUAUCAUAAAUAGACAAUGUUCUGGUGAUAUAAAUACAGAGAUUGAUGCAGAUAGUAUAAAUAAUGAUACGAAUAGUUUAUCGAAUGAUGCGCAAACUGAUGAUUAUAUUGGUAUGUUUAAAACCUAUUCCGACGACUCUGACUCAAACCAUUCUUAUGAAACCAUUGUGUCAAAUGGUAAAAUAUCGAAAGAGAUUGAAGAUUGUAUUUUAGUUCAAGCGAAUAAACCAUUGCCAGAUUGUCUAGCUGAAUUUUAUACUCCAUCAACAGAAUUAGUUUAUAGCAAUAAAUCUAGUACACGUCCUAGUCUAUCAUUGGAAAAUGCCGACAGUACAUUGUCGAAUUUCUGGAGUCAAUCAACUGUGAUAACGUCUGAUUCCAGUGGACAAAUUAAAAGGAAUAUCAAUGAACCACUGACAAAUACGAACACUGGAAUACAGUCUUUAGGAGUGCCCAAUUCAGAAAGUGGUACUCUAACUAGAUCAUCGUCAGUUUCAUCGAGACGUUCAACAAACGAUACAUUACAACUUGUAUCUCGUUUGUCCUCCUCUAUUUUUGUCGGCAAUGGUAAUGAUUCGAAAAAAAGCUCUACAGUAACAUCAAGUACUUUUGGAGAUGAUAAUUUAAGUUGGGAUACUUCUGUUACUUUGUUAUUUGGUGAUUUGUUAAAAUCAAACCGUCUUCGAAGUUUGACAUUCAAAGAUGUUCCACUUUCUGCUCUACAAAUGCAUAAAAAACGAUUGGAAAAUGAGCGUACAAUCAUUGAUUUAUCAAAGUCUAUUAAACAAGGUCGAAUACCAAAUAUAUUUUCACGUAAUCAAAUUAACACAUUAUUACAAGAUGAAAAUUAUCGUAAUUUAUUAAUUGCUCGUAUCAAUGAUAAUCUAUCAAAAGAUAUCCUACCGAAUCAAUUGCAUAUUAAUGAUGUGCCUAUUCAACAAUGGGACCAAUAUAAAGCAAUUUUAUGGACGCUUAAACAAAUGAUCAAUGGUUUAGAAUAUAGUUUUCGACCGGAUAUUGUAUUUCCAACUACAAAUCAUUAUGAUCGGAUUGCUAGAGAUAAAUCACCAUCGUCAAAUAUUACAAAUCCAUUGAGCAACAGUAGUUGGUUACCCUAUUCUACUGGUAUUUUGAAAAGUGGUGGUUUCGCGUCAGCGUUUAUGCUAAUGGAAGUUGCACAUACACAUUUCUAUCGGUUGCCUAAUCGAACAGGUCACACAGAUAAUAAUCAUGAUGAAAAAUUCUUUUGGAAUAGCAUGCCAACUACACCAACUACAGAAUUGAGGUCACCUAUACCGUCAAGAAAAUUUGUUGGUAAUGGUUUCUCUUCAGUUCGAUAUCAGAAUAAUCGACUAGAUUUAUCUGAUUGUGAAUCAUAUAGUAGAGAUGGUUCGAAACUAGAUCUAUUUCAUGGUCGUGGUCAUCAUCCAUUCACCAGUGUUGUUGUUACAAUGAGUGAACCAUCAUCGGAUAGAGAAGACAAUGAACAAAUUCAAUCGAAACCUGUAUUUAAAUCAGAUAGUACUGAUGUGAUUAAACAAAAUCUUCAACCAUUGAAUAAUGCAAAUGAUACCAUCGGUGUUAAUCAUACUGGGAGUUGUAUUACAGUGAAUCGACAUAAUGAUUGUGGAAAAUUUGAUAAAUUGUUUGCUUCUGAUGCCAAACUACAUGAAUCAACGAGUAAGUUAAAAUCACAUCGUGAUAUUGAGAAUGAAGGAAAUGAUAUUAAUAAUAUACCACCAGAUUAUGUACCGGAAUUGCCUAAUCGUAAAAGUCAACGAAGUUUUGGCUACAGAUAUUAUCAAUCACAUUUAAUUUUAACGGAUCCAUCAAUCAUAUCAAAUUCAUCUAAUGACACAGAUGAUCAAACUACAUGUACUAUAUAUACUUCUUCACCGAAUACAUGUACACCACCAGCAGUUUAUCGUCCUGAUUUAAAAUUUCAUUUUAAUGAUACUGAAUCAGAAAACGAAGAUAUAGAUGAUAGAAAUCAACAACAACGAAAGAUAGAAGAACAAAGAAAACAAUCAGAAUGUCAUAUGUGUAAAUUAACUUUGCUAAUGUCAACUCCACCUCCACCAGAUUCAUCAUCAUCAGACAUGACAGUAUCUCCAUCUAAAAUGAAGAAGGUACCAUGGACUUAUUUGUUUGAAGAUAUUUUCGAUACUGAAUUGCGUAAAAGUAAAAUAUUGGGUAAUCUACAAUUUUGGGAAGAUUCCUUUUUAGAUACAGUUGCACAAGAACGAGAUAUACUUGGUAUGGAUUUUCGACCAAAAGAACUUUUAUUAAAAUAUCAAAAUUCUUCAUUAUUAAAACGUAAACAAAUGGAAUUAGAAGAAGAUUGUUUAUUAGUUAAUAUAAUGCAUAAUAUGAUUGCAUUUAUGUUAAUGGCUAAUGUAGAUCGUAUAUUUAUACGUAAAAAACUACAACGUUUAUUAGCUAAAAGUCAUACUGGUUUACAUUAUUCACGAAAAAUUAAUGAUUUAUUAAAUUCAUUAAAUUAUUUGAAUGGGAAUGAUAUCGAUUUAAAUGUAGCUCAAAGUCGUUUUAUUGUACAACGUUCACAUGAAGCUUAUCGUGGUUCAGAUGAGAGCGGUGAACUGAUAUUUCUUGAAGUUUGUUCUGAUUAUUUAUUAAUUCGUAAUUUAUCUGGACGUAUAUUAGAACGUUUAUGGUAUGAUCAAGUGAUCAAUUUAACAUAUAGAUCAAAUACACAUAUAUUAUGUAUUACAAGACAAAUAUAUGAUCAUUCACAAAUGGAUUUAUUUUAUACACGUAAAUCUCGUUUAGUUUAUCAACAAAUCAAGGAAUCAAUGAAAAAUAUCUCUGUAGAAGCUUCACAUGGAAUACUAAAUGGUGAUUUGAACGGUGAGAUCAAUGCAACAAAUUUGGACAACAAUCAACCUGGUACUAUUAGCAUCUUACCAGAUGGAUUUGUUAUCAAAUUCGGUGAUGAGCAGAAAUUCAUUAAAUUGCAUAAUAUUAAACGUUGUUGCACAAUAAAAUCAGAAAUAUUUACGAUUGAUGUCUAUGAUCAAGAAAAGAAAGCAAUGAUCACAUAUCGAUUUCAGACGGAUAUGACAAGUCAUUUAUUUCAAAAUUUUGUAUCACUUUUCUCAAUGUCAUCAUUUUCAUCCUCAUCAUCAAUAAGUAAUUAAUUUACUCUGGGAUAAUCUACAGAAAAGAAAAAAAAACAAGCAACCAAAUCAAAUAUUCUUCUUUUUUUUCUGUUGCCAAGGCAACUCUAUAUGUACAUGUGAUUGUAUUUUGUGUUUGAAAUUCAAUUGAUUGUAUUUGUAAUGGGUUGUUUGUCCUGGAUUAUAUAAUCUUGGAUUUAUACCCUUUCAUUCUUUGUGUAGAUGUUGUGAUGAUGAUGAUGAUGAUGAUGAUGAUGAUGGCGAAAUUGUUGUAUGUUUUACUCCUCUUCCUAAUGCUUACACAGGAAAAAUGUAUCUAUUGUUUUCUAUGAUAUAUAGUUUAUCAUACAUUCCAUAUAUUGUGUAUGUAUUUCAGUGCCUAUUAUCAUUAUUUCAAUUGUUUAUCAUUUAACAUCAUUAUCACAUGUUAUCUAUUUAGACUAUUUCAAACGAUAUUGAAUAAAGAGAAUGAAGAAGAAAACAAAACGCUGUUAUAACUCCAUCUAUUAUUUAUCAAAAUUUUUUUUUUCUCUUCAUUCCAUUGUAUGUCUUUUAUUCAUAGAUCUAUAAUAUAAAUGUUUCAUUUCUUCAGUUUGAACACCUUGAUAGUAUCACAGUCCUCUGGUGCUCUCUCUCUUGUUUCAAAAUAAUAUAAUACACAUUUCUAAUAUGUCGAAUAUCUUUCCUUAUGGAUUUGGUUUGCUUUACAUUUUUAAUAACUGUAACUCAACUUACGUGUUUCUUAUUAACUAUCAGUGGUCUACAACACUAUAUCAAAUGUCUUUCCUCAUAGCUUUGGUUUUUGCUUUACAUUCCAUAAUUGUAAUUCAAGUCAUGAAUUUCUUAUUGGUUGACUAAUAGUCCAUAACAUUAUGUCAAAUGUUAUCUUUUGAUUAUAUUACUUAUCUAUUUAUACUGUGAUAUUUAUUUUUUAACAGUUUAGUCUUUCUCCUUUUAUUUCAUUAUUAACAAUAAUAUAGAUAUAUCUAUCUGUAUGUACGUACGAACGUACAAAGUUCUACGUUGUAACUGACUGACUGAGACAUAUCUAUCAUUGUUGUUGUGAUCGAUUCCGUUUGUUGUUGUUGUUGUUUUGUUCUUCCCUUCUGGCAACUCGUUAAUACUUUUUUUUUUUAAUGAUUACAGAUGAUGUCUUGUAUUCACGUCUGAUGAUAUACAUUAGAUAUUCUUGUUUGUUUGUUUGUUUACUUCAUUUUUUUUUCACAUUCCUUAAUAAAAAUUGGUAAUGGUAAGAUUUUUGAAUAUAAAAAAAACAAAAGAUUUUCAUAUGCUUUGUAUGUUUUGCAAAAGAAAACUUUAUACUCCAGUCUCCAUGACAACAUCACACCCACACACACACAGAUACAUACAUAUGCAGCAAUGAAACAUACAUACUCAUUACUCGUUGUAUAUGUCAGUUUGUUUGUGAUAUUAUUAUUAUUAUUAUCAUCAUUACUCGUAAUAUGCUUCUUAUUUGUUGCAAUUUGCCUAAUGUAAAAAAACGUUUUUGGUCAUUUGUUACAAUACAGUUUGAUUGAGUUCAA